AUGAAUUUGCGUUGUGCGCGCUCGUAUACAGUGAUUCCCCUUAACUUGGUAUCGUUGGUUAUAGCGCAGGCGCGUUACGCGCAAACGCGAAAGUCAGUCGUCAACGGGCGGAAAACGUUGGGGGUGCUCGGAAUGGCAACCGUCGCCGUCUCAUCGCCGCCAAUCUCGCCGCUCGCCAAUAAAGAUAAACGGGUCUCGUUCGGCGAUGAUCACACGUUUGUGUAUGAGAAGGAUGAGGAUGGCACGCCGAUUAUCCCCCGACAGCCAUUCACCGAUCCCGACGCGCCAGUGAGCCGCGUCGUCGUCACAUCGGAAACCGUGCUGCCGGAAUCGCCGAGUCCGAUACCGCCGCCGGCGCAAUUCGAAGAGGUCCGACGAAUCGCCGUGUCGCCGCCGCUUCCCUCAAAAAAAAUGACCGACGCUGAGAAUCCGUUCAGGCCCGAAGAGAUUCUCUAUCAUGAAGUCGAUCCGAUCGUCGAGCAAUACCUUCAGAAGCCGUUUCCGCCGAGUCGGCCCGGCUCGGCGAUGAACACACCGACGAAACAGAUCAAUUAUAGUGGGCAGGGCGCCACACCGCCGCCGAGCCACGAAUCGCCGAUGUAUUUGCAAAACGGGCUCAGCAAAGAGCAACUAAUGGAGCACAAUGGCAAAAGCGAGGCUCAAUCGACGUCGGAGCCACUAUUGGCCGAACACAAAAGGACAGAAGAGCAAAUCGAAGAUCUUCCGCCGGCGGGCAAAGUCGAAUUAAUACACGUGAAAAAGAAGAAAUGCGGUUGCUGUUCGGUACAGUAA